AAAAAAUAAAUAAAAUGGCGGCAGCGAAAGAAGCUUGACCUGAGUUGUGUUCCCAUGUAGAGAUUAAGAAAUUACGGUAGAUUUUAUUUCAUUUCUUAGUGUUCAGUAACGUUAAUAAAAAUGUGGCACGAAGCAAGAAAACAAGAACGUAUGAUUCGUGGAAUGAUUGUAGAUUAUCGUCGCAGAGCUGAACGUCGUAAGGAUUUUUAUGAAAAGAUUAAAGCAGAACCAACCCAAUUUUUACAACUUCAUGGAAGACAAUGUAAAAUACAUUUGGAUCCAGCUGUAGCAGCGGCCGGGGAAGGACCAGCUAUUAUGAUGCCAUGGCAAGGGGAUACUAAUAAUAUGAUAGACCGUUUUGAUGUUCGCGCACAUCUGGAUAUUAUAUCUGAAGUUAAGGCACCCUAUAUACCACCCGAAGAUCUCAACCAAGAGGAAAGACAAUGCAAUUAUGAAAGAUAUAGGAUUCUAGCACAAAAUGCCUUUCUAGGCAUAAGUGAGGACAAAUUUCUACAGCAGCUAGCCAUUGAGGAGCAGUUCGGUGUUACCAUUGAAGAGAAAGAGAUGCAAAGGGAGAAGUUAAGUGAAAAGAAAGGGGUCGGUGCUGCCAUUGGAUACAAUUAUAACGAUCCAACGGUCCAACCAUCCACCUCUAACGGCCCAGAGAUGAAGAAGGCGGAUUCAAAGGAGUCCGACGAUGACUCGGACCUUGAGAUCAUUGAUGUGGAUCUUAGCAUUGAUGUUAAUAAAAUGGAUGCUUCACAGGCUCACGAGUUGAAUGCCGUUGGACCUCAAUAUGGUAUGGCGGGCUGCGAUCUAUUCUCAUUCCUCACGGGAGAUGCCGAUGACGCUGAGCAUCAAAAACAAUUGCUUCGGGAAGAGAAAGAAAAAGCUAUGUUUUCAGGGAGAAAGAGCAGGAGAGAGAGAAGGGCACAUAGGGAUAAGAAGCUAGCGACUCGUGUAGUAAGUCCCCCGAGCUACGCGGCCGCCCCUUCCGCGCCCGUCGCUCCGUCCCGCUCGCCGAGCCGAUCCCGUUCCCGCACUCCGUCACCUGACAAUACAAACAUACAGUUCAUAACAUCCUUCGGACCGGAAGACGACGAUACCGCACCACUUCCAAACAAGCCGUUGUAUGCCGACAAGGUGAAGCAAAAUUUAAAGAAAGGAAUGUCCUACUCCGAAAUAGUGAAGAAAUCUAAAACUUUGUCAUCGUCAUUCGGUGCGCCAAUCGGUCCUCGUUUGCAAUCCCAAUCCCGGUCUCGAUCUAGAUCUCGGUCCCGGUCCCGGUCUCGGUCUCAUUCCCGGUCCCGCUCGCCUCGCAAAUCGAGGUCUGCAUCGCGUUCGAAGGCUUCGAAGUCGAGAUCGAGGUCGAGGUCAUACCACUCGUACAGGAAGACACACUCGAGGUCGCGAUCGCGGUCCAAGUCGAGGAAUUACCGAAGAAGAUCGAGGAGUGUUUCGAACCAUGCAAGUUAUACAAAUCGUAAUAGAUCCAGGUCGUUGUCGUUUGAAAGUAACGAUAAAAAUCAGCCUCCAAGUAAGCCGGUACCGCGCUACUAUGGACGGAGGAAAGAAGAUAAAUCAUCAAGUGAACUGUCGCUUGACUCAGACACGACUGAUUCGGAUGAAAACAAUAAGUCAGCGGGUGGCAAAUCAAACCCUAACCAGAAUCAGUUACGAUUAACUGGAUCCAGCUCCAAAGGAUUGUCGCGGGAAGCGUUAAGUAUGAAGGAGAAAUUAAAAAGAAAAAUGCAGGCACAGUUAUCAAGGCAGUUGCGUGCGGACAAGCGGGCUGAGGCUGCUCGAGUGGAGAGAGAGAGUCGACGACAGGCGAGGAGAGAUCAAGAGAUGAGAGACCUCGCUAUCAAGCUCAGGAGGAAGCAGCGCGAGAUGAGACACCAACAGUAUCGACGUUCCAGUGACGAAGACGAUUCUGAUAAGAGUGGAAGUGAAACCUCUUCAAGAAAAUCGAUAAGUGAAAAUAGAAAAGAAAGGAGCCGCUCUAAAAGCAAGCCCCUAGAAGACAAGCCCAUACAAGUUUGGGACACGAAAAUGUCGCCGUUUAGAUCCAAAUACGAAGGAGAAACAUCGAAUUAUUCAACGAGGAAACGUUAUCACAACUCUAGAGAACACUCUGUGAACCAGGACGAUUAUAGAGAUAGUCGGAAGUACGACGACGAGACAUAUCAGAAUAGGUAUAGUAGACAGAACAGAGAAUAUAGCAGGAAUUAUAGCCACGAUUAUAAUCGUUAUGAUACCUAUGAUAACCGAAUGGAGGACAGAGUACAGACGAGUUGGAGGCGGCCGUACGGCAAGAGAGGCGGUUAUAGAGGGAGCGAGAGGAAUAAAAACGACCAUUACGGUGACGGGAGCUCGAGCAGGAACCGAGACGACGACAGGGACAGCUCUAGCUAUAGAAACAAAGUGAAACUUGUAGAUUACUAAGACAAAUGAAACGCCAAACUAGUGUGCUUGUUUAUAUUGUAACUAGAUAAGACAAUAUAAUAAACUUUUAUUCCAAAAA